GCCAGGGUGUGUCUUGUACUUGAAGGGCGGAGGGAGGAGUGGGAGUGCACCGAGUCUCCACACUUGUGUAGUAUAUAAGAGCGGCGACAGGCAAUGAACGACAGACUCACUCCCAAGUCUUCAACACAGAACACCAUGGGCAAGACUGUGCUCCUCGUGCUGUCGGUGCUGGUGCUGGUGGCCGCCGCCCUGGCAUACCCCAAGCCUGAGCCUGAGCCUGAGCCUGGGUACCUCAGCCGUGGGUAUGGCGGAUUUGGUGGAUUCGGAGGCUUCGGAGGCUUCGGAGGCUUUGGUGGCGGAUAUGGAGGCUUUGGUGGCUACAGGGGUGGCUAUGGAGGCUAUGGCGGAUACGGUUAUUACGGUUAACCAGCGUUUCCGCGGAAGCAAAAGACAACAUACUCGGUCACGCCAACAACCAGCGGCCAGUUGUGAUCCUUAAGACAUGUUUUUGACAAUAAAUUCCUCUAAAUCUUA